AUGGCAAAUCAAAAUGAAGAACCAUCACAGGAAUAUGUGCGAUGGAAAAAACGAUUGAAUAGGAAUAUAGUUGUAGUCAUGACAUCGUUAAUUAACCAAAAAAGGUGAGUGUUUUCGACACCUGAUUUUCAUUUUCAAUUAAGUUGAUUUUUCAGAAUUCGAGAACGUAUAAAUCGUUUGAAGUUAGAGAAUGCAAAGAAGUUACAAGGACUAAAGGAUGAUUUCGAUGUAAUGGAGACAUCAAAUAAAGAACUGAUUGAAACUGAUGGUGAACCAUUGGAAUGUGAUGUUCAAAAUGAUCAGGUGCAAGUUCUUAGACAACCAGAAAAUUGUCGAGGAAUUAAUGAUGGCAAAAUUAUUGAAGUGAAUUUUUUUUACGUUUUUUUUCAAAUAAAACAGAUCUGCAUUACUCAUAUUAGCUUUUUGCCCCGCAUACUUUUUCGUCUCUUAAAAUUAAUAUAAAAUUCAAAUUUUUCAGGAAAUUGUCAUUUCUGAUUCUAAUGGAACAAUCAGAAGUGUAUCUGAAGAAUCUUCUUCAACAAUUUCACAAUCUCGUUUCGGAAUCGAUUGGUCGAAAUGGUUUCCACCUCUAACAUUCCACACAUUUUUAUCGAAUUAUUUGCCAGUUUCUGGUGCUGUAUCACAUACACUUUAUACAAUUCAUCUUUUCAGUCCAAAUAUUAUCUCGAGGUUAGUUUUUUGAGGGGAGUGCUUUUUUUCAUUAUUUCAUUACAGUUUGUUUCCAACCGGUAAUCUUGCUGUCAGUAAUACGAUUCUGUUCAAUGCAAAUGUGGGACUCGGUUUCUACGUGUAUUUCAGAAGAAAUUUGAAUCAUGUCAAUCCAUGGGAAAGAGUCGAAUUCAGUGUUUUAACAUCGACUAUUUUCAACUUCAUUAGUUUGCCAGCCGCUGUUUUGUUCAAAUCCAUCUUUCCGGCAAAGUGAGUUUUCUAUCUUGAGUUUUGAAAAUUAAAGUUGAUUUUAGAUCAGAAACAUGGCUGCGAACAUUGUAUGCAACAUCCUUCAGUGUAUAUCUUUUAUCAAGAGCUUAUCGUUAUUUGGGGCUUUUGGAUGAUGAAAGUUCAAGAUCUUUUGUCUCGCCAGUCAGCCUUUCUUGA